CGAGGGCCGGAAGUGGCGGCGCGCUCCUCGCCGGGCGCCGAGGCGGGGCGGGAACUACAACUCCCAGCAGGCAGCGGGGCCGCGGACGGCGGCCGCCCAGCGGCAGCUGGCGCGCCCCGCGCGCGCGGCGGGGAUGGAACGUUGCUAGAGUUGGCGGGUCGCGCUCCAGGCGGCAGCAGCCUCACGCCUCGGCCCGCUGCGCCUCCGACGCGGGAACCCGGCAGGCGGGCAAAGGCUGCCAUCCGUGCACACGUUUUAAAGCCCGGAAUCCGCGGACCCAGCCAUGCACCGGAAACACCUCCAGGAGAUCCCUGACCAGUCGAGCAACGUGGCCACCAACUUCACUUGGGGAUGGGAUUCUAGCAAGACCUCGGAGCUGCUGUCAGGCAUGGGGGUCUCCUCGCUGGAGAAGGAGCGCGCGGACAGCGAGAACAUCCCCCAGGAACUGCUCUCCAACCUGGGCCACCCGCAGGGCUCCCCCAGGAAGCGGCUGCGGAGUAAAGGGAAUGACAAGGACUUUGUGAUCAUCCGCAGGCCCAAGCUGAAUCGAGAGAACUUUCCAGGGUAUUCCUGGGACUCGCUGCCCGACGAGCUGCUGCUGGCCAUCUUCUCCAGCCUGUGCCUCCCCGAGCUGCUGCACGUGUCCUGCGUGUGCAGGAGGUGGUACCACCUGGCGUUCGACGAGUCCCUGUGGCAGAGCCUGGACCUCACCGGGAAAAACCUGCACCCGGAGGUGAUUGGCCGGCUGCUGUCCCGCGGGGUGGUGGCCUUCUGCUGCCCGCGCGCCUUUGUGGACCAACCGCUAGUGGAACAUUUCAGCCCUUUCCGCGUGCAGCACAUGGACCUGUCCAACUCGGUCUUCGAGGUGUCCACCCUGCAGGCCCUGCUGUCCCUGUGCUCCAAGCUGCAGAACCUCAGCCUGGAGCGCCUCCAGCUCUCGGACCCCAUUGUCAUUAACCUUGCGCAGAACUCAAACCUGGUGCGGCUGAACCUCUCGGGGUGCUCCGGCUUCUCCGAAUCCGCCCUGGAGACACUGCUGAGCAGCUGCUCCAGGCUGGACGAGCUGAACCUGUCCUGGUGCUUUGACUUCACCGAGAAGCACGUGCAGGUGGCGGUGGCGCACGUGUCAGCGACGGUGACGCAGCUGAACCUGAGCGGCUACCGCAAGAACCUCCAGCGGGCAGAUUUCUCCACCUUACUUAGAAGAUGCCCCAAUCUUGUCCACCUAGACUUAAGUGACAGCGUCAUGCUGAACCACGAGUGCUUCCCCGAGUUCUUCCAGCUCCACUACCUCCAACACCUGUCGCUCAGCCGGUGCUACGACAUCAUACCUGAGACUUUACUUGACCUUGGAGAAAUCCCCACACUAAAAACACUACAGGUUUUUGGAAUUGUGCCAGACGACACCCUUCAGCUGUUGAGGGAAGCCCUGCCUCACCUCCAGAUCAACGGUUCCUACUUCACCACCAUCGCCAGGCCUACCGUGGGCCCCAAGGACCACCCCGAGAUCUGGGGCAUCCGCUGCCGGCUGACCGUGCAGAAGCCCAGCUGUCUGUGAAGGCGCAUUGAAGGUGCUGUCUCCUUUCCUCUCCGGGGCAGGGAAAACGGGCAGGAAGCCCCAUGGCUGGAGCGCUCGGCUGUGCUAAUUCUCGGUUUUCCCUUUGCCUUCGUUCUGCACGUAUGCUAGAGAAGCGUUUGAGAGAGGGAACUAGGAAGGGUUGCUUUUUUAAAACAUAGGAAAAGCUCUGUCACUUCUCUGCUCCCAAGAGCCUCGUAGGCCUCCUGCCAUUUCAGGGGCACAAGCCUGGAAUUUCAAGAUCCACUGAGAGCACAAUUUGAGGCGCCUCUCCCAAGUGCCCUUAUUAGUAAAUCUAUUUAGAGACAAGCUUAAACAUCACCAGCAAGCGGAGACUUUUCUCGAUCUAUAUGCUAACUUAACUUCCUUCUAUUUAAAUAUUCAGUAUUGCUUUAUACGACAUAGUGUGGGAAAAUGAUAAGCUAUUCAUAGUGUAGGAUAGUCGGUUUGAGGCAGUCAUUCGGGGACAGAAAAAGGAAAAUGCACAUUUCAACUCUGUCUUUGCAUGGGCAGUUAGGCUCAUGAACACAAGCGGUCCUGGGUAAUCCCCCUCACGCCUACAUUUAAAAGAACCACAGGCAGAGAACGGGGGCUCCGGAGGGGUUUUCUGGGACAGGCCAUCGGAAGCCCGGGCCAAUGCCCGCUGGUGAGGCAUCCACUAAGUACUGUACUCCCCGGUGCUGCGGUAGCUGAGGAGGUGCUGUGGUCUUCUAACUUUAACUUUCUGAGCAAGUGAUGUGAAGUGGGUUCUUUAGCUUUGAAAAUGCCUCGCCUUGUCUUAGGAAGGUGCUAGUAAACGUCUCUUCUCGCAAUGUGGGAUGGGGUGCUAACUGACGUGGCCUGCGCUUGCCUGUAUUGCUGAGGUUCUUGAAGGUAUUUUUAUAUUACUCUAGAAUCACGUCUUUGGAUUUUAUUUUGUUUGUCUUCCACAAUCGUUGUUUUAAUCUACCUGCCCGUUUUACAAGUUACUGGACCCCACGUUCCCUAAGAACCGCGUGUUCCUCAAUCAAUAAUACACACCGGACGCAGGGGCACACCCUGGAUUCAGAGCAGAAAGCACAGCUGCGCCUGCAGCGGAGCUCACUCAGGUGCGGAGCCUUCGAUGGCUUCAGUGAUUUUUUUUAAUGGUACACCCAUGCAAAUGGAUUCUACCUACCUUAGGAAACAGACUAAUUUCUUAUUUAAGCUGAUGACCUCCCCGUGUUCAACACAAAAGCCAAACACUUCCAUUGUUAUUGGUUUUUAAAACAAUUUUCAAAUGUUAGAAACGAUGGUAUGAAGUGCCCUUAUCUGUCCAGACCUAAGGAAGAACAUUUUAAAGUAGUUAUACCGGAAAUGAUUAUGUUUCAAUCUUGUAGUAGCUCAAAAGUGCUAAAUACUACUUGAGAUUAUUGUUUACAGGUUAGCGACAAGGGCUGGGGACAAGAUCCGGCUGGAUCCUGGCUCCCGGGUGCCCUCACACACAUAGCAGUACUUCCAAACUCAAGUUCAGCCAAAAGCUAUUUUCCUAACACGUCACAGUGAUCUGUAUUUUUGUAUGUGAUUUCUACUUUUAUAAACUUGUUUUAAAAUAAAACACAUUUUUAUAAAAACGA